UAAAGUGGUUAUCAUGCCGGAUGGAUUCGGCAUUGUCCAUGACAACAUCAGUACUAUUCGGACUGGGGACACAGACAUGCUUUUAUACUCGAGGUGAGGAAGAGCUAUCUGCAGUUCAAGCCCCCAGUCUUUUGCCUGUAAAACAUGAGUCAUUGGCAGUAUUUGAGCACCAUAAUCUCAAGGCGGGAGAAUUGGGCAGAUAUCCCAAACCCCCGGAUUGGAACACACCCCGACAACUUCCUAUUUCCGGUGCUCCAACACAGAUACGCUUGCCCCGCUUGAUUCAUUUUCAUCUCGACUCCCCGAAUAGCAGGCCAUCGUCACCAAAUUUGAUCGCCGCGGGAAGAAAAUAAGCACAAAGAUGUCAGGUGUUUCACGUCGUGUUGAUGACGAAGCUGAGCCUACCCAUGCAAAUUCGAGAACAGAGAGAUUCGGCUCCAUGAUGGGCACUGAAACCAGCACCUCCUAUGAUACACAUCACUCUUCAUCCUGCAUUAGAUUAAGUAUGGAGUCAUUGAAUGCUCAAGAUGAGUGGCAUGUAAGUUACGAGAGCGUUGGGCUUCAGAAGCCGGUUGGAAUGCGUGCUACGGACUUGUUAUACUUGGGUCUUUCUAUUCAAAUACG